AUACAUGGGAUCUGUGGUAUUUCAUCGACCGAUUUCAUAUAUUUUUAGCAUUUAGACUAUAAUACUUCCAAUAUUAUACAUUAAUUUAAUUUUACUAAGAAAUCUUACAUCCUGACCGAUAUAUACGGUAUAAAACCAACUGGAAGUAUGAAAUUAUUAUAUUUAGUACAAUGUAUGGGGAGGUCUUGACCAAGUUUUUUCAUUUUUGUCACACAGCGCAAGUUAUCAUCAGGAAAAUAUUAUCUCUGAAUUUCAAUAAUACAUCUCACAGAUUGAAGGAUAUGUUCGGUAAAAUGUCAUCCUUAGACACUGGGAUCCACAUAUUCGGUAUCUGGGAGCUUGAAAAUAUAUAUUCCGAUUUCGAAAAAUUUUUUACGUGAGAUGCCAUACCUUAAAUGCACUAUUUGUACAAACUUUUAUUCCGAUAUCUUCUUCGAAGCUAUAUAUGUACUUAUCAAGCUACAGCUUGAUUGUAUCGACAUGGCUCGUAUUCUUUGUGAUUUUUUGGUUUUUCCUACAUACCUAUUUCAUAAGUGAUUACAUUUUCAGCUCUCUAUUAUCUUUACCUAUUAACAAUUUCAAUAGGGCAAACUUUUUACAUAUAUAUAUAUGUAACAUACAUACAUUUCUACUCAUAUGUUCAAUAAACCGUAUUGACAUAAUAGUUUACCAUAUAGCUACUAUUUUGCUGCAAGCACAUGUGGAAACUGAAGUUUCCUCAACGAAUCAUCAGGGUGUCCGAUAAGAUUCGAGCGAGUACCGAAUUCGUAUAAAAUAAAUAGAGCAAAGUUAAAAUAGAAAAUCUUACACAUCCACAUACAUCCAUACAUAUGUAUGUACAUAUGUACACACACAGAACAAUAACGCUGAGCGCCAACUUCCAAGCGGCUAUCUUUCGGUAUAUUUUUUUUGUUUUGCUACUUCCCCAACGCCGUUCGUAGUGCGCCUAGCCAAAUACACAUGUUCGCUCGCGUGCUCCCAGUACUCAAACGCAGCUAGCGGACGACGGUCUAUCCGCUUGUUGCACUCACAUUUGUUGGCAGUUGAACGCCGUCACUUAGCACAUUCGUACAAAACAAUUAUUGGGCUUUUAACGCUGCGCGCUGGUGUGCACAAACCUGCAUUACAUACAUACAAACACAUACCAUAAGUAACACAAGCAGACUCGGCGGGUGCAAACAUACAUACAUAUGUAUAUAUGUUCUUACGGUUAUGGCAACCGGCGGCGGCGAACACCUUCACAUAAUCGAUCAACUGCGAAGCACCGUACAAUCGAUCAUACAUCGAAUUGGCGGUGAUAACAGUUAUGCACAACGGUUGCUCGAUAAAAUUCACGCGUUGCAGAAGAAGGUCGAGUCACUAUCCGGUCAGGAACGUGUCGAGUUUUUGCACAAUGCUAAGGAUACGCUGCGCAACACCAUCGAGCAUGCCGAGCAAAAGCUAAUGCAAUAUACGAAUUUUCAACAAGUCUACAAUUACUCCAUUGUGGCGGCUUUGUUAUUCACGGUGCUUUUGGUGUUUGGUGUGUUGCGAGUUUUGUAUUCAUUUUUUUCAAUAUUUUUUAUUAUUAUUACAUAUAAGUAUGCUUGUGUUGAUAGCUGUGCGCGAAGUUUUGAAAUUCAUUUUAGAACUAGUUGCGUGUGUAGCAUUGAAAAUCGAAUAUUUGUGGUGCAAAGCACUCUUCGGCUACAAACUGUACAAGUCGCUGAUGGAGAAGGAAUUGAAGAAGAAGGAGAAAUUGAAAACCAAACAAGCCAAAAAGUCAAAAAAGACAAAUUAACGUAGACAAUUUUAAUUCAUACAUACUUAUAUUUACACAACAACUACGAAUAUAAGAUUCUAAACGGGAAUACGCCCAUUCUUCUUGCAAAUGCUCUGUUGUUAAUUACAUUAAAAUUUAAUGCUUGAAACCAUGUAAAAGUGCAGUCAAAUUGACGUGAUUGCGCUCAAUUAAUUAUUUGUAGUCUGAGUACAGUUACUUGUAGUGUGUAUGUGUGUAUGUGUUUUAACAAAUUAUAAAUGCAAUAUCUAUACAAAUUCAUUAUACAACGGCACAAAGGCAUAUGUACGUACAAUAUACAUAUAUAUACAAUAUAAUAUUUAUUUACACAUGUA